UGUCAUUGCAUUGCGAAUAACAAAACUGUCAUAAGUCAAUACUUUUCCAACACCAACAAAAUUGUUUUCAUUUUUAAGUCAACAAAGAAUAUUGUAUAAAUAAUUAAAGUAUAAAUAUAAUUAAUAUUUAUAAUAUCAAAAUAUGUUAAGUUCAAUGGUUAAAGAGCAUCAUGCUAGACAAGCUAAACGUAAGCAGGAGCAAGAAGUGCGACGUAAAGAAGCAAUUGAGGCAUCUAAUGAGGUAACGCAAGCAUUAGUAGAUCAUCUUAAUGUCGGCGUUGCUCAGGCAUAUUUAAAUCAAAAAAGACUGGAUGCUGAAGCGAAACAAUUGCAUGUCGGUGCCACCAAUUUUGCUAAACAAACACAACAAUGGUUGAAUCUAAUUGACAAUUUCAGUAGUGCUUUAAAAGAACUUGGUGAUGUUGAAAAUUGGGCACGUAGCAUUGAGGAUGAUAUGAAAAUUGUUCAGGGCACCUUGGAAAUAGCAUACAAAACUUCAAGGCAAAUACAAAACCCAAAAAGUAGCUGAGCUCUUUAUUCUCCUGAUUUACAUAAUAUAUAAAUAACAUAUAACUACGUUAUGGUAAUAAUAAAUUUUAAGACAGUUAAACUACA